UCUUCUCGAGAUGGACGAGUUCGACCAUGAAUUUGUCCUGAACUUGGAGGACAAGGAGGAGCGGAAGCGAUUUGCCGCGACGCUGGCAGCAGUCCAGCGAGGUCUCGAGGUCGGAGUUCCUCAGGAGCCCGCUGUUGCCGCGCCCGGCACGGUGUUUCAGGUGAAGGAGCCCGCUGUUGCCGCGCCCGGCACGGUGUUUCAGGUGAAGGACCCCGCUGUUGCCGCGCCAGCGUGCCCAGCUUCUGAGGGGAAGCCUUCGAAGCCUGUCGCGGCGGCGCGGCCAGGGUUCCAGGCGCAGGCGCACAUCAUCUUGGACUCCAGGAACAUCACCUCCGAGGGUUUCGAGCGGGGUGGAGCCCAUGGGGGCUUGCCGCACUGCGAGCAGCUGCUGCAAGCUUACGACUUCUUUGCUUCCCGCCAGCCCGAGGAGACGGUGUGGCUGGUGAUGCACAGGUGGGUGGCGAACAGGUUCGACCGGGAGCUGAGCAACCUGCAGCAAAGGCUAGUCAUCACCCCGCAGGGCAUUCAGACCGACGACUUCAUGCUGGAGUUGGUGGAGAGGAAGCUGUCCGACGGGCAUGAGGCCUGGCUCGUCUCCAACAACCCGUUUCGGCACUACCUGCGGUCUGGUACCAUCACUCAGGAGUGGAUCGACAACUACUGCCUGCGCUACACCUUCGCUGGAGAUUGCUUCCUGUGCCCUCAUUACAGGCCAGUGCUGCCGCAGAGGGCGCUGAAGUGGCCUAGGGCCAAGCCUCGCUUCGCCAUGCGCUCCAGGGCACCCGUGCACUAUACGCCCAAGAAGGAUGGUGCUUACGUCUCCGUGCUGUGGGCCUUGGAGGAGUCGGAAGAAAUGGACGCCUAUGGGCUGGAUGCCCUGGUGCUGGGCUCCAGUCUGCUGAAGCACGGGGGGACCUACGACCGGGUGCUGCUGGUGACGGAGGCCGUCUUCUGGAGCAUCUGGGCUCACCGGCUGCAGCCCUUUUGGGACAUGCGGGUGGUGCAUCCCCUGGACGUCAGCCCCGAACUCGUGUCCGGUUGCCACAGGAGGUUUCACGGUGUCUUCACCAAGCUUCGGGUGUUCGAGCUUGAGGAGUACCGCAAGGUGGUGCUGCUGGACCUCGACCUCUUGGUGCGCUCCAACUGCGAGGAGCUCUUCUCCUUUCAGGCUCCCACCGCGCUGCAGCGCGGCAAUGGCGAGUGGGAUCUGGGCAGGCCGCGGUGGGCGCACUCCUUCCUCGACCGGGACAGCCUGCGGCAGAAGGGCGGCGUCAACGUCGGCGUCGUCAUCCUGGAGCCGUCCUUGCAGACCUUCCAGCAGAUGCAGGAGAAGCUGCUCAUGCCGGACCGGCGCUUCCGGGAGGCCACCACGAUGCCUGAGCAGGACUUCCUGACGCUGUGGUUCGUGGGCUCCUGGAGGCCUCUCCACGUGAAGUACAACUACCAGCUUCACCACCUGAAGUUCCUGGAGCGAGAUGGACACAGCGGGCCGCGCGCCAGGCUGCCGCCGCAGGACGUGGUGAUCUGGCACUUCUCCGCGAAGCCCAAGCCCAGCAGCCUCUUUGCGGACAGGGGCAACGGGCACUGGGUGGAGGAGUAUGCGCAUCUGGUGCUGCCGGACUGCGACGGCCAUGAGCGGUCCAUCAUCAAAAUGGCAGCCAGAGAAUGGCUGGAGGCACUCCAGGACGCUUCGCCGGAGGACUUCGGACCUGCCUUUUUGCCGCCGGUGCUCGCGAUCUGUGACGGCAACGUCCACGACGAGGGGAGAGCCUGGACGACGCCGAUGCCGGCGAAGGCGAAGGCGAAGGCGCCGCCGGUUAGGCGCAACAAGAAGAAGAAGAAUAAGAAGACAGCGGAGGACUGGAGAGGUUCGUCAGCCGUGCUGGGGGUGCAACAAAGGCCCAUCGGCGUCGCGGUGCCGGCGCAGACGCAGCUGCUGGCGACGCCCAAGGCGGCACGUGCCCAGCUGCAGGCGAGGCCCAAGGCGGCGCACGCCCAGCUGCAGGCGAGGCCCAAGGCAGCGCGCGCGCAGCUGCAGGCGAAGCCCAAGCCCACGGCGGCGCCAGAGCCGCGCACCCUGAAGCUCACGCCCAAGCCACCGCCCGGGCCGCCGCCCGCGCACAUCUUGGCCGCACCGUUUCGCCCUGUGCGGAAGUUGGCUGGGCGGCCUGCGCCGUACUGAUGGACUGGGACAUCGAUUUUCCUUAGAGAUGCAUUAGGUGCUUGGCGUUUGGCAUCCUCCAUCUGGUGCCGGUGAGGUGGCGUGAGGCCAUGAGGUGACA